AUGGCCAUCGCACCAAUCACCGGAAAGCUCAGGAAGCGAAUACUACUCGACCUCUCAGUCUCUUUAGGAUUGGGAACCGCCGCUGCUUACACUUGGUGGUAUGGCUAUCACGUCCCUAAAAUGCGUCAUCAACAGAACGUUUACGCUAGAAUCAAUUCUACGCGAGCCGAACAAGAGUCUUGA